UGCACAGACCGUGAGGGGACAACAACAUGAGCAAAGGCAACAACACCAGCAGCAACAGCAACAGCAACAAGCUUACGCUGGCCGUGCUGCAGCUGCCCGGGGGCAGCAAUGUGUCAGCGAACGUUCGCCAAGCUGUGGAGCACAUAGCCCAGUUGAAGGCUGCAAAUCCGCAGCUACAGUUGGCCAUAUUGCCGGAGAGCUUCAACGGUCCGUAUGCGAUAGAGGAGUUUGGGAAGCAUGCGGAAAGCGUACCGGAUGGCCCAACGUGCCGCGAGCUAUCGCAGCUGGCGAAAAAGCUGGCCAUCUACAUCAUUGGCGGCAGCAUAAUCGAGCGGGAUGCCAACAAUAAGCUCUACAAUACGUGCACCGUUUGGUCGCCCACUGGCAAACUAAUUGGCCGACAUCGCAAGAUUCAUCUAUUCACGAUGCACAUUGAGCCCGACCAACUGGGUGGCGUCUACUUUGAUGAGUCGGCCGCGUUGACGGCGGGCAACGAGCCAACUGUGGUGGAAAUUGGUCCGCAUAAGGUUGGCAUUGGCAUUUGCCACGACAAGCGUUUCGAGGAGUUGGCCCGCAUCUAUCGCAACAUGGGUUGCAGCAUGUUGGUCUAUCCAUCGGCCUUCUGCAUUUGCCAGGGUCCCAUGCACUGGGAGCUGCUGCAGCGUGCUCGCGCCCACGAUAAUCAGCUCUUCGUGGUCACCUGUGCACCGGCCCGCAAUAAUAUGUCCGGUUAUGUGGCCUACGGCCAUUCCAUGAUUGUUGAUCCCUGGGCUCGUGUGCAGCGUGAAGCGGGCGACGGUUUCGAGUUGAUGGUCGAAGAAAUCGACUUCAAUAAAGUGGACGAAGUGCGUCGACAGAUUCCCAUCUACAAACAGCGACGCACCGAUGUUUAUGAUCUGGCCAGAGCGAGCACUUGAAACUGCGCUGCGACAACAGAACAACUAGAAACUAAAAACACAACUCUUAGUAAAGUCAAGAAAAUAUCAAGUAAGAGUUUGCUCGAUUCGCAGAUACCUUGUAAAAAGCUAAGAAUAUAUGUGGUUGUUUUUAUA